CUUUGAUACCAGGUUUUGGAAAAAGGCAGCUGCCUGCCGAUUGCUCCCUCCUACCACGCAGAACAAAUGCUAUAUUCAGUCUGUGUUCCAGCUUGCAGCCUGCGAAACUCCCUCCAGGAACUUUCCUGAGUACUUUUCCCCACCGCUCGAGCCACUGAAUGUCAUUCAUGCCACGGAGCGAAAACAUGCGAACUGGUGCCUGGUCAGUUCACCCGACAAUGUGGAGAAUAUGCAGUAUUUUUUGCGCUUGGGGUGUCCUGUCUUUGACAGAGGUCUGCGCGCAGUCUCUACUGGGGUCACGACGGAGACCAACGUUUACAUGCGGAGGCAAUAUAACGGAUGAUUCUGGGGUCGUUGGGAGCCCGGGAUAUCCAGGGGUGUAUCCCCCAAAUACCAAAUGUGUUUGGAGAAUCACGGUCCCUGAGGGUAAAGUGGUAGUCCUGUCCUUCCGCUUCAUUGACCUGGAGAGUGACAACCUGUGUCGCUAUGACUACAUAGAUGUGUACAGCGGCCAUGCGAGUGGCCAGAGGCUGGGCCGCUUCUGUGGGACCUUCAGGCCAGGCGCCUUGGUCUCCACCGGCAACAAGAUGCUAAUUCAGAUGGUGUCUGAUGCCAACACGGCUGGGAGUGGCUUCCUGGCGGUGUACUCGGCUGCCGAGCCGCACGAGAGAGGGGACCAGUACUGUGGAGGGCGUCUGGAUAAACCGUUCGGGUCAAUUAAAACCCCUAACUGGCCUGAGAAGGACUACCCCGCUGGGGUCACCUGCUCAUGGCACAUAGUGGCUCCUAAGAACCAGAUCAUUGAGGUGAAGUUUGAGAAGUUCGAUGUGGAAAGAGACAACUACUGUCGCUACGACUACGUGGCCAUUUUCAACGGGCCAGAGAUCAACGAUGCCAAGAGGAUCGGGAAGUACUGUGGCGACAGCCCUCCAGCUCCAGUGUUCUCUGAAGGUAACCAGCUCCUGAUCCAGUUCCUCUCAGACCUCAGUUUGACUGCAGACGGGUUCAUCGGCCACUACAAGUUCAGACCUAAGAAGUUCUCCACCACCCCGGUACCACUGACCACCACCACCCCAGCAGUUACCACCAGACCCAUACCUCUGAAGUACUCUGUAGGUCUGUGCCAGCAGAAAUGCAAAAGAAGUGGAACCGUUGAGAGCAACUACUGUACCAGUGACUUUGUGAUAACAGGAACUGUCAUCACGGCGGCGGUGCGAGGAGGCAGCGUGUACGCCACCAUCUCCAUCAUCAACGUCUACAAAGAAAGCAACCUGGCCAUCCAGCAGGCCGGCAAAACCAUGAGCACCAAGAUCAUCGUCCUCUGCAAGAAGUGUCCGUUCAUCAGACGAGGCCUCAACUACAUCUUCAUGGGCUCAGUGGACGAGGAUGGGAAGGGGAAGAUCGCCCCACAUCACUUCGUUAUGGCCUUCAAGGCCAAGAACCAGAGGGGCCUCAAUGUACUGAAGACCAAACGCUGCUGAGAUCAGCUACAUGCUGCCUGAGUGCCAGAUGUCACGAUGAGUGUUGGCUUGGAUCAAACAUGGGGUUUGGUUACAGGAAGUCCAUUAUUGAGGACUGGGUUUUGUAGUUUUAAGGACAGUGUUUACUAACUGCUCUUUAUCCUCCAUGUUCACUUUGGAUAUGGGAGGUAUUUUAUGUGGGGUCGAAAAGUGCAAUAGUUUAAUAUAUACUAUUCCCAGUGGAAUGAUUUGGUGUCAUUCUGGUGUUCUGUUUAGUACUGUCACUUAUUAGCCACUGAAAACAACCAGAUGUCACAAUGAGUGUUGGCUUGGAUCAAACAUGGGGUUUGGUUACAGGAAGUCCAUUAUUGAGGACUGGGUUUUGUAGUUUUAAUGUCACUUAUUAGCCAAAGCUUUUACGAUAAAUGGAUACAACAUAGCACUCCUCAUUAUGUCAGCUUGGUUUUGUCACCUUACAUUCAAAUGUAAUGUUUGUAAUAAAAAGUAGAGAUGUGAACUUAAAGGAAAAUUCCUCUCAAAAACGAUCUUUUAGUAUUUGUUUCAUUAGACCGUUGUUGAUAUAGUCCCAAAAUGUUUUGUAUGCCACUAAUCACUUUUUCAAGAUAUAUAACUUUCAAAAUAUCGAUAUACAGCCGGUAUGAUGCAUUUAGCCAAAAUAUAGUUUUUGGGUGGAGUUUUCCUUAAUCAAUAUAAAGUAUUUUCAUAUGAAACAAUUAGUAAAUGUUAUUUAUAUUUUAUUAUUUUCAUCUGACCAAAUAAAAAAAUAAAAAUGAAGUUUAUUAUGACGAGGUGAUUCUUCAUAUGGAGUGUCAUCUUUAAUUAAUUGA